UGCCAGCUCGCCCGCGCACUACAGGACCUGAGCCCGAGCGCGACGUCCCAGUCAACUGGCCAUUUCAUUUUUUUUUUUAAAGAUUGAUUGAUUUAUGCAGACAAGAGCUGGGGUACAGGCCAGAGGUCUGGGGGGGUGAAAGGAUCCACCAGAGACAGAGUGGGGAGCAGAACAGGCAGACAACCGAAAUACACUGCUGAGGGGAGCAGCGGGCGAGACAGGAGAGGUCUGCUGCGCCAUGUGGGUAUCUCCCUGGCGGGGGAUCGAACUCGUGUUGCAGAGGAUGCUGACAGCUUCAUGGGUUGCGUCUUAACCCUUGCACCACCAGGGAGGCCUCUGGCUAUUUCAUUUUUAACUGGCUUGUCUCGCUUCUUUAAAAUUAAGGUUAUUUGACUUCAAGGCACAUGCUAAUUUGCAUGGCUGCACGUUAAAAAAAAAAAAUGCAGUACUUCUCUAUAGCAUUGAGGAUGUGAUGACUGGUUACUAAGUUAUACCAAACUCAGUUAUGGUCAAUGUCAGGAUGCAGAUUUGUUAUCUGUUUAAAUGUUUUUAUCUUAACUCCUCAAAAUAAACAUUGGAUGUGGACCAAUUUGGGGCCAGUACAGAACGUGCUAAGGUCAUCAGACCUAUUGAUCGGAAGUCAGUCCAUCAAAUUUGUUCUGGACAAGUGGUACUGAGUCUCAGCACUGCCGUAAAGGAGUUGGUAGAAAAUAGUCUGGAUGCUGGUGCCACUAAUAUCGAUCUAAAGCUUAAAGACUAUGGGGUGGAUCUCAUUGAAGUUUCAGACAAUGGAUGCGGGGUAGAAGAAGAAAACUUUGAAGGCUUAACUCUGAAACAUCACACUUCUAAGAUUCAAGAGUUUGCUGACCUAACUCAGGUUGAAACUUUUGGCUUUCGGGGGGAAGCUCUGAGUUCACUUUGUGCACUGAGUGACGUAACUAUUUCUACCUGCCACACAUCUGUGAAGGUUGGGACGCGGCUGGUGUUUGAUCAUAGUGGGAAAAUUGUCCAGAAAAGCCCAUGUCCACGGCCCAGAGGGACAACGGUCAGCAUACAACAGUUAUUUUAUACACUACCUGUGCGCCAUAAGGAAUUUCAAAGGAAUAUUAAAAAGGAGUAUGCCAGAAUGGUCCAGGUCUUACAUGCCUACUGUAUCAUUUCACCAGGCAUUCGUGUAAGUUGCACCAAUCAGGUUGGACAGGGCAGACGACAGCCUGUUUUAUGCACAAGUGGGAGCUCCAGCAUGAAGGAAAACAUUGGAGCUGUGUUUGGGCAGAAGCAGUUGCAAAGCCUCAUUCCUUUUGUUCAGCUGCCCCCUAGUGACCCAGUUUGUGAGGAGUACGGGCUGAGCUGUUCCGACGCGCUGCAUAAUCUGUUCUGCAUCUCAGGCUUCAUUUCUCACUGUACUCAUGGUGUUGGAAGGAGCUCAACGGAUAGACAGUUUUUCUUCAUCAAUCGACGUCCUUGUGACCCAGCAAAGGUUUCCAGACUUGUGAAUGAGGUCUAUCACAUGUAUAAUCGACAUCAGUAUCCUUUUGUUGUUCUGAACAUUGCUGUUGAUUCAGAAUGUGUUGAUGUCAAUGUUACUCCAGAUAAGAGACAAAUUUUACUACAAGAGGAGAAGCUUUUGUUGGCAGUUUUAAAGACGUCUUUGAUUGCAAUGUUUGAUAGUGAUGCUAACAAACUGAAUGUCAGCCAGCAGCCUCUGUUGGAUGUUGAAGGUAACUUAAUAAAAACACACUCAGAGGAAAUGGAAGUGCCUCUCCCAGCAACGCAGGGCCAUCCUGCUUCCCCAAGAACUCAAGGAGAAGAGAAAAGGGCAGUGACCAUUUCCAGACUGAGGGAGGCCUUCUCCCUUCGUCACACACCAGGGAACAUGUCUCAGAGUCUAAAGACUACUGCACUGAGGCGGAUCUCUCCCAAACAGAAAAGAAGGGGACCAUUGGAUAGCACCUGGGAUCCUCUCUGUUCCCAGGAGACUGUUGCUGGCGCAGCCUCAUCUGGCCCUCAGGAGGGGGUGACGAGUUCAGAUGAAGGAUCUCAUGACCAUAAGGAUAGAGUGGCCAUGGAGACAGACUCGGGGUUCAGCAGCACUUCAGCCAGCUCAGAGGAAAGGGUCAAUACCCCAGAAAUGGGCAGUCUGUCCAGUAGUGACUGUGUAGCAAGCUCCCCUGAAGACAGGUUUUCACAAGGAAGCAUGGAGUCUUCUGAGAAGUCACUUGAGACUCACCAUCAUCUUUCAGACACAGAAUGCCAUUUAGACCAAGAAAACAGUGCGUGUAAAUUUAGAGUUUUGCCUCAGCCAACUAAUCUCUCAUCCUCAAACACAAAGCGUUUAAAAAAAGAAGACAUUCCUUUAAAUUCUGACACCCCUCAAGAGGUGGUUAAUACUCAGAACACAUCAGUGUCUCAGGUUGAUGUCGCUAUUAAAAUUAAUAAGAAAAUCGUGCCCCUCGACUUUUCCAUGAGUUCUUUAACUAAAAGGAUAGAGCAGUUACGUCACCAAGAACAGCAAAGAGAAGGUGAACAGAAUUACAGGAAGUUUAGGGCAAAGAUUUGCCCUGGAGAAAAUCAAGCUGCAGAAGAUGAACUAAGAAAAGAGAUAAGUAAAACGAGGUUUGCAGAAAUGGAGAUCAUUGGUCAGUUUAACUUGGGAUUUAUCAUCACCAAACUGAAUGCAGAUCUCUUCAUAGUGGAUCAACAUGCCACGGAUGAGAAAUACAAUUUUGAGAUGCUCCAGCAGCACACUGUUCUCCAGGGCCAAAGGCUUAUAGCACCCCAGACUCUCAAUUUAACUGCUGUGAAUGAAGCUAUUUUGAUAGAAAAUCUGGAAAUCUUCAGAAAGAAUGGCUUUGAUUUUGUUAUUGAUGAAAGUGCUCCAGUCACUGAAAGGGCCAAGCUGAUUUCCUUGCCAACUAGUAAAAACUGGACCUUUGGACCCCAGGACAUAGAUGAACUGAUCUUUAUGCUCAGUGACAGCCCUGGGGUCAUGUGCCGGCCUUCCCGGGUCAGGCAGAUGUUUGCUUCCAGAGCCUGCCGGAAGUCUGUGAUGAUCGGAACUGCCCUUAACAUGAGCGAGAUGAAGAAACUCAUCUCCCACAUGGGUGAGAUGGAUCACCCCUGGAACUGCCCCCAUGGAAGGCCAACCAUGAGGCACAUUGCCAACCUGGAUACCGUUUCUCAAAACUGACAACACUGCACCGAUCUCUGGGUUCUACCACAGAUUUUUUUUUUUUUGAAAGAUAAGGUUUUGGGCCUCCCUGGUGGCAUAGCAGGUUGAGCGUGGCGCUGUGAAGCUGUCCACAGCCUCUGCAGCGCCGGUUCGAUUCCCGGCCGGCCAGGGAGAUUCCCACAUGGCGAGGCAAACCUCUCCCGUCUCGCCUAUUGCUCCCCUCAGCAGUGUACUUUGGUCCUUCUGCCUCUUCUGCUCCCCACUCUGUCUCUGGUGAAUUCUCUCACCUUUCCUUGCCUCUGGCCUGUACCCCAGUGCUUGUGUAAAUAAAUAAGUCUUUAAAAAAAUUUUUUUCUGAAAGAUAAGGUUUCAACCAAACAUUUUGUUUCAAAAUUAAUCUGCCACUUAGAAAAACCAUACCCAAUUCAUUUAAAAAACUACUCGAGAACCUUUUCUCACAAUUAGGAGCAGAGCUUGUGCUUCUUCGUUCUGUUUGCAUGUGUGUGCAGACAGCGAGAGCACUUUGGAAGUCACAGGCUUCUGCUCUGACAGCAUGUAUCAGUCAGGCUGCAACAUUAAGUUCUUAAUGAUGACUAAAUUCAUAAUGGUUUAAUUUCAUAAAUUCAAAAUUGUAUGGUCCUUUUGGGUUAGUGGUUUUCAACACUGAGGCUUAUUAGCCUUUAAAAAGGGAGUAAUUCAGAAAACUCAAAGGGGAUUCUCAGUCCUCCUGGAAGAAAUGCCUGGGUGUCGCUAUUUUCAGUGCUCCCCACUGCAGUCAGGGUGGCACACUGUUCUUGCAAGGAGCAAUAAAAGAAUCUGUUAUC